AAAGAAGACGAAGAAAAAUGUGAAGAAGGGAAAUGUUGAACAAAGUUGAAAUCAGAAGUUGAUGAAUCCACCUUAAUUUCAGCCACUGUAUCUUUAGCUGGUGUAGGAGAAACUGUAAACAAGAAAGAGACUAAGGACGGAGCAGUAGUCAAUAUAGAAACUCUGUCUACAACUAAAAAUACUGCAGCGAAACAUGAUCGAAACCCUACAGUCCAUCAAAACAUUACAAUGACAGAGGAAGGAUUUGAUUUUGACGGUGGAGACGCUGGAGCAUCCGCAACCUUCCCCAUGCAGUGCUCGGCUCUCAGGAAGGGAGGGUUCGUCAUGAUUAAGAACCGCCCCUGCAAGAUUGUUGAGAUGUCCACCUCAAAGACCGGAAAGCACGGACACGCCAAGGUUCACAUGGUCGCCCUUGAUAUCUUCACAGGUAAGAAGCUUGAGGAUAUUUGCCCUUCUACUCAUAACAUGGAAGUCCCCAACGUUAAGAGAAAGGACUACCAGCUUAUUGGUGUCGAGGACGACUUCCUCUCCCUUAUGGACGAUACUGGCGAUACCAGGGACGACCUCAAGUGCCCCGAGGAUUCCGUUGGGGACGAAAUCAAAGAUGCCAUCGCCGCUGAAAGAGAUAUUAUGUGUACUGUACUCUCUGCUGUUGGUGAGGAGUGUGUAAUUGCUACCAAGAUCAACACAGCUGUAGACAAAUAAACUGACAUCAACAACAACACGGCGUCCAACAUCCUCAACCAUGGAUUCCAGGACACUCUCUGUGAUCUAGUUUCUUAAUAUUCACUCCUCCACAACCUUGAAAGAGAAUCUACAAACAUCGGUGUUAAUUCACUUUAAACUGUAAUUUUAAAUACCUAUUAUCUUAAUUAUGCUUCGCAACUAUUUUACGGCUUAAAAUCAAUCGAAUUUGUUUGUGUGCAGAA